UAUGGCGAUUAAGCUUUAUAAGUUGGAAAUAGCUAAAUGAUAUGGCGUCCAAUAAGAAGCUACACUUUUCUGUUCAAAUAAUGAUCAGACCGAAUUAAUAUCAUAGGAAACCAUGUGUCGUUCGUAGCUGACCCUUCUAUCCUUUGAACUCCGAAAUCGCAGACACCAUUUGCUGGCAACUCCGAGAGCUUCCUUCAAUUUUGUCAUCUACAAAAAGUAUCUAAUGAUGGCGUCGAGCGGGCUGGGGAUAAUCCAAUUCAUCAAUACAUCUCGUCAAGGAGAAGCUACGUCGGCGGAGGAUCAGCGGCGAGCAAACUCGCACGCCGCUCGCAUAGCUCAUGCCAAAACAAGACGACUCCGUACAAUUGAAUACCAAGUUAGCAAAGCUAAAGAAGCACUGAAAGGUACCCAGAGUUGCGAAGACCGAAGUAUAAUAACUACGAGCGGCGUUCAGCCAAUCCCCGGCGAUAUGAUCGUCAUAGAGCAAUCGAUAUUGCCUAGUCCCACGAGCCUGUUGGCAUCGGAUCGGAAAGACCCCUUUGAUAGUUUUGGGAGGGCCUUCAAACCAGUUGAACACUUCCUACUAGAUCAUUACGUAAGGGUUGUAAUACCACACAUGGACCUAAAGUGCAACAAGCUUGUUGAUUCAGGGAAGUAUGUGAAUUUGAUGACAGGGGAGUGGGUGCGGCUUGCACUCACUAAUGUUGGUACUCAGAGUGGCGUCUUUCUCGCCGCCUGCCGACAUCUUGUAGAACAGCAGCAACAGCACAAGUACUCGCAGCUAGCAACCCAAUAUAAGUUGUACUGCAUACAGGCUCUACAGAACGCAAUAUCUUCCGAGGUAUCAUCGAUGAUUAGCGAUGGGACCGUUGGUAUUGGCUUAUUAAUGGCAUAUGACGAGUUGUGGAUCGGCGACAUCUCUAUGACUAGAUGUCAUUUGGAAGGCGUACGUAAGAUGACAGAACAUAAUGGCGGGAUGCAUACGCUCGGUUUAAAUGGCUUUCUAGAGCGCCUCAUCCGCAAGUUUCUCUGGGAAAUAAAUCGACGUAAUUUAAAGUAAAAAUGUCAAAUACAACGUCCUAGUUGUUUCAAUAUCCGUGUGUAAAAGCAAGGAAGUGUAAUCGUUUAGGGGGG